AACUGUUUUUUUUUUAUGCGCAGAGAACAUUUUUAGAGGUUGCCACAUAGAAUAUUUAAUUAAAUAAAAUAAGGAUCAGCCUAAAAAGCAUAAAACUCUACUACAUACUUAAGUACAUAAGUACUUAUUUGGCGCGACGACCCAAAGUGAGUCUUGGCCUCCAACACAAGAGCACGCCACUUUACGCGGUCCAGAGCGACCUUCCGCCAGCCCUGACGACAACAUUGACGCUGAGUCUAUCUGCCCAACGAUAUUUAGGAUGGCCAGCAGAAGUCCAGUUGGACAACCCAGAUAGGCCUUCUAGACUGCCUGAUCCUCAGCCUUACAAGUAAGGAGACUUAAGGGGCUGACAUGACACCACCCAAUUGCGCAAAAUUGAUGUUUUUAAGACAAACUAUUAGUUUUAGUAAGUCAAUUGCCGGUGCAUCAAAAAGCAGCUGCAGCUCCAGCCGUCCAGUGUACAAUAAAGAUGGCGUCGCUGUUUCCAAAAUCGACUUCCAAUCGAGCUACAAACCAAUAUCAGUAAAAAAUACUGAAACAGACAUUCAAAAAACAUAUAAACCUCUUUCCGUCAGGGUUGAAAAAGAAUAUCAACCUAGUUCAAUCAGAGUUGAAAAAGAAUAUCAACCUAGUUCAAUCAGAGUUGAAAAAGAAUAUCAACCUACUUCCAUCAGGGUUGAAAAAGAAUAUCAACCCAGUUAUAAAUCUGUUUAUGGCAGCACAGAAAAAGAAAGUCGCAAAUCAAAUUCCAAGCCGUCUUACGUCAGUGUUUCCGAGAGAGACUAUCAGUCCCCUGUUCCAAUCAUUUCUUACGACGAAGAUAUCUAUAAUCGAGCUGUUGAUGUGCCUAACAAUGGGGGGGCGUUUAUAGUGAACAGUGUAAGUAACAUCGCUCCGUACGGGCUCGGUGUCGCCACGGACGUGAACCUGGCCGGAGAGUUGGAGGUUUCCGGCGUCGUUCCGUAUCUGAGCGCCGUGACGUUCGAGGGGCAGUUUGACGCCAACGGCGCCGCGGCUGUGGAGUACGGCUGUGGCGACUGUGUUGCUGUCACGGAGGAAAUUAGAGGGAACCCUGGUUUGAACAAGUUCGGUGGUGGUAAAUACUAACCAUCUUUAUUCUGGUUUUAUCACUUUUGGUAGUGGUAAACACUGGAUUUGGUAUAGCUCUUAUAGAGCCCAAGAACAAAUAUGUAAAAUGUGGAUGGCUUAAAUUUUAAGUUAAUUAAAAGAAAAAGUAAAUUAUUAUA